AUGGCAUCAGCUCCCUCAUCUAUCAUGCGCUCAGUAAUCGCGUCGUCCUCCCGCUCGAUACUGCUCAGUAGCCGUCCGGCGAAAGUGGUGGUACGAAGUCCCGCUUUGCCACUCGCUCGAUCGAUACAUACCAGUCGGCCUAUAGCGGCGCUCGGUCGGGCUCCAGUACUGCGUGCACGUCCAGCUUCCGGUCGGAAUGAACGACGCACCAUGUUCAUCCAGACCGAGACUACCCCCAACGAAGCCUCCCUAAAGUUCAUCCCCGGUACCCCAGUCACUGGCGGCUCUACGCACGAGUUCCUCGACCUCCGCUCUGCUCUCCCAUCCCCACUCGCCACCCGCCUCCUGACCAUCGACGGCCUCACCGAGGUCUUUUUCGGCCCAGACUUUGUCACUUGCUCAAAGGACGAAUCGCUCGCUUGGUCCAUCCUCAAACCCGAGAUCUUUGCUGUCCUGAUGGAGCACUUCUCCUCGGGUCAGCCGCUCUUCAAGGAUGGACAGGGAGAGGGAGGGGCGGAAGAUACAAGAGUGCUGGAUACGGAUUCGGAGGUGGUGGGGAUGAUCAAGGAGUUGCUGGAGACGCGGGUCAGGCCGGCGAUUCAGGAGGAUGGGGGUGAUAUCGAGUAUAAGGGAUUCAUCGAGGAUACGGGGAUGGUGCAGUUGAAACUGAAGGGGAGUUGCAGGGGGUGCAGCUCGAGCAGCGUGACGCUGAAAAAUGGGAUUGAGCGGAUGUUGAUGCACUAUGUGCCGGAAGUGCAGGCAGUGGAGCAGGUGCUAGAUGAUGAGGAGAUCAUUGCGCUGGACGAGUUUGCAAAGUUUGAGGCUAGAUUAGAGAAGAAGCAGGCAGAAGGGAAGAAGGAGUGA